CCGUUGUGCAUUUUUCUCCCGGAACAAAAUACUUAAUUUUGUAUUUUACCGGAAUGUGUUUCAAGAAGAAGUGAAAGGCUUAUUUCCUGCAUAAAGGUUCAAAUAACAACCAAGCACAUUGGUUGCGCAAUUUAAUAUACAAACAUUAGCAAACGCUUCUUUUGUUGAAAAGUAUUCCAGGAGCAUUUCGUCUGUGAUCUCUCAUCAUGAUGCGCUACUGGGGCGAGAUACCUGGGCCCGCAGGGGCUCCCGCCAGUCGCAGCUCCUUUGAUUUGCUCCAGCGUGAGUUUCGAUCGGUUGAGAUGCAGGAUCCUCCACUUCAUCAGCCCUCGGCCCAGCGUCCACGCCCCACCACGAUGCUGGACGUCCCAUCAGAACCUUGUAGUCUCACCAUUCACACGGUGCAGCUGUGCCAGCACGCCCGCCGCCUCCGUGGCCUUUUGGCAGCAGCUCAGGGUCAAAGCUCGACGUCUUCCGAGGUUGGGGGCAGGCUGGAGGAUGUUGAAACAAACCUGCCACUGCGCCCUCCCACCCCACCCGCCAUGCCGGAUGACUUGCUGCCACCUGACUGCAAAGAUCCCUGGAAACCCUUUCAGCUCCGCCACAGUGACCCUGAAAGUGACUUUUAUAAGGGUAAAGGCGAGCCAGUCACAGAGCUGAGUUGGCCCUCCUGCAGGCAGCUCCUUUAUCAGUCGGUGGCCACCAUCUUGGCCCACGCAGGCUUCGAGACGGCCCAGGAAAGCGUGCUAGAAACUCUCACCGACCUGGUUCACGAGCACUACUUACGCCUUACCCGCCUCCUACGGGUAGCUGUGGACCGGGAGGCCCGGCUGGGGGCCAGUCCCUUUCCUGACGUGAUGGAGCAAGUUUUCCAUGAAGUGGGCAUCGGCAGUGUGCUUGCCCUCCAGCACUUCUGGCAAGUGCGCAUCAAGGAUUAUCACAGCUACAUGUUACAGGUUAGUAAUGAUCUGUCAGAAGAAUACGAUAGGUUGGUGAAUCCUGAAAAGUCUCUGGAUGACUCAAAGCCCCUCAGGAUCAAGGAGGAGCCCAUGAGUGACAUUUCCUUCCCUGUUAGUGAAGAGCCAGAGGCCGACCUAGCGUCUGGGGACCAAACCUUGCCCAUGGGGGUCCUUGGGGCUCACGGUGAGAGGCUGUCCGCAGGCCUGGAUGCCGACCACUCUCCUCACACCUCAAGUGGUGGUGUGGCCAACAACUCCCCCUUGUGGCCACAGGUAAAAGUGGAACCGCACGAUGGUGAGGAAGGCCAGGCUGCCUCUCAUCAUCCUCAUCCUCAUCCUCAUCACCACCUGGGUGGAGAUGUGUUUGAGGAGGGGGACCCCAUGUCGACAAUAAGCGAGUCAGGAGCCGCCAUGGCCUCGUCUCCCGCUGGCGCGGCAUCCGAUGGCAGCUUUGCUUCACAUUCGCCGGAAUCCCUGAUGAGCACCUCACCAGUCUUCAACCAGAGACCCAAGAAGCGAGCGAAAAGGAUGUGAGGUUGCGUUGUGUCUUAAAGGAGACACACUGAACUCGUCAAGACAAAACAUAUAUUGACUGGGAUAUUGAAUGAAAUUGUUCAAGGAAGAAAAAUGCACAAGAUUGUUUUUAGCUGUUAUAGUUUGUGGACAAUUAAUUCAUCAAGUAUAUGCACACGAUCAUUUGAUCCAUCCAUGCAUUUUCUGUAAUACCUGUCAUAAUUAGGGUUGUGGUUAGCUCGAGCCAGUUGACUUUGGGGAAAGAUUAGGUACAUACGGGUCUAGUCGCCAUUCAGUCACAGGGUGAUUAGAUAAUCAGGUAGCAGGCAAUACAAAAACAACUUUUUAUAGAGCUAAUGUCAGUUAGGGUUUUCAACCAAUAUUAUUGUGGAUAGAGUUUACAGUGUAGAUUCUUUUAUUUUGGUCACAUCUUGACGACAUGAGGGGUAACAACACCAAUGAAGUGUCAACAUAGUGAAGUUGCUGCCAUUUUUAGUCAUUUAUUAAGAAAGACUUUAGAUUUGGCUUGUGUUUUCUUGAGUUUAUGAGGUAGACAUGAUGCAAAAUGUUGUUAUGAAACAUUU